UCGCACAAACUAAACCCGCGUGUAUAAGGCACAGUCGCUGCAGACCUCUGCUUUCUCGCGCUCGCGGUGUCCGCCGAAGCCCGCCAUCAUCCUCCCCGCAACGUGUUGCCCUGCACCUGCAGCCAUGUGCCGGACCCUGGCCACCUUCCCCACCACUUGUCUGGAGAGAGCCAAAGAGUUCAAGACACGGCUGGGAAUCUUCCUUCACAAAUCAGAGCUGGGCUCCGACACUGGCAGUGUUGGCAAGUUCGAGUGGAACAGCAAACAAAGCAAAGAUAGCAGAAACUUCUCAGAAGAUGUGCUGGGGUGGAGAGAGUCCUUUGACCUGCUGCUGAGCAGUAAAAAUGGAGUGGCUGCCUUCCACACUUUCCUGAAGACGGAGUUCAGCGAGGAGAACCUGGAGUUCUGGCUGGCCUGUGAGGAGUUCAAGAAGCUCCGGUCAGCUACCAAGCUGGCCUCCCAGGCUCACAGGAUCUUUGAAGAGUUCAUCCGCAGUGAAGCCCCGAAAGAGGUGAACAUAGACCACGAGACCAGGGAGCUGACCAGGGUGAACGUACAGGCUGCCACGGCCACGUGCUUCAGUGCGGCCCAGGGGAAGGCUCGCACUCUGAUGGAGAAGGACUCCUACCCCCGCUUCCUGAGGUCCCCUGCUUACCGGGACCUGGCUGCCCGAGCCUCAGCCACCUCGGCCUCUCCUCCCAGCAGCUGCAGCCCAGCAGAGCCUGUGCACACCUCAGCUUCGUGGCAGUGAGGAAGCCGGCGGGAAGAGAGGU